UCUUAACUUUCAUUCCAGUUAAAUUAACACAAGAGAAUGGUGCAAUUGAGUGUGUUGUAGUAAAACAGUGGUCGUUUUUGAACAUGUGAUUGUUUGUUUACUUCUCGGUUUAGUAAUUUUCAAAAUGGGUGUCAAAAGCAGAUUGUGUUCCGAAUGGUUCUUCCGGAUUUUUGCGAUUUUUGCCAUAGGAUGGAUUCCGGAGGUUUGGUCUCAACUGGUGGAAACCGAAUUCAUCCCUCAAGUGUCAGCCACAUGCAAAGCAGGUCACAUGAACAUCCGUGUGGCUUUUAACAACAGUUUUUCCGGUGCUGUCCACGCAAGGGAUUACCGAACGCCAGCUUGCAUGGUCCAUGGAGACGGCGGUAAAGUUGUCACUCUGGACAUCAAUCUUAUGGCUCAGCAAGGGGCCAGUGAUUAUUGUGGACUGCUCGUCAACAAUAAAACCGAGGAGCGUUCCGUUCCGAUCGCGGUCCGAAUUCACCGAACUCUCGAACUCGCCGACGACAAAUUCUACGUGAUCACCUGCGGCAAAGCCGGCUUUCGAAAUGCCCGAAACGAAACCUCCCUUGUCUCUUUACGCCUCCUCGACGGCUCUCGCAAAGUCACUCAAGCCGUCUACAGCAAACCCUAUACUCUUCGCGCUGAAAUUUCCCGUCCCGAUGGCACUUACGGCUUCCGAGUCAAAUCCUGCUUUGCUUUCAACAAGUUGAACAGCAGCGUCCCCCUCAUCGACGACAAGGGCUGUCCUACCAACGGUGACGUGAUCGGCCCUUUCGUCUACGACGAGAAGAAAGGCACUGCGGAUGCCCAACUUAGAUCAAUGUUCCGGUUUCCGGAAAGCUCCGAGGUGCAUUUUCAGUGCGACAUCGGAUUGUGUCGGGGUUCCUGUCCGGAGCCGGUAUGCAACGAUGGAGCACAGUCGAGGGCUUUAACCACCGAAGAGGGGAUUCUUAUGGCUGCCACCAGUGUUUUCGUACUGGAUCCAGGAGAUCCUCCACUGGUCCAGGAAUUGUGCGAUGAAGGGGGUGUCCAUCCAACGUGGUUGUUGUGGCUUUGUAUAGCGUUAGGGGUGCUGUUUCUUAUUAUGUUGAUCAUCAAUAUCUUCUUGUGCUCAGCGAUGACGUGCGCUUGUGCCAGGACGGAAAUCAUUGAGAAGGAGCCAAGCAUUAUUGAGGACUAUGAUCCUUAUAGAUCCUGGCAUGGCAGCCAGUACGGAUCGAGGUACUCAUUAAACGGGGCUCCUCAGAAUCCUAAAGGCUACACUUCUGGUGGUUCGACGAUGAAUUCGACCAGAUCAGUGUCGUCUCACAGCGAUCACUACGCUAUAGUUCAUUCACGGCCUGGUAGUCGCUACAAGCACAGGGGGCCGCCCUCGCACGUUGGCAGCCACUACAGUGGGAAAUAAUUGUGUUCACCUACAAACUUUUGAAGUGUAGCAUAAGGUUCAAUAAUAAGUGCAAUUACCAUAUUACGAUAAACGAUAUUUAUACGACUUACAUAGUCUACAAGAUAAUUGAUUUGUUUACUGAUAAAGUAAUGAGACGUCCAUAAAAUUUUAUCCAGUUUAACAAUAGACUUAAGCUUACGAUUUAACUGUAGCUUUAAUUUUGUAAAUUCUAAAAGUGGAAAUUGUAAAGAGAACUGAUUAAAACUUAUUGUAAAUAUAAAAAUUAUUUUGAAAUAAAUCUUUCUUGUUAUUUUA